AUGAAGUCUCUUCUCACGCGGUCCGUUUCUCUCCUCGCCACUUUUUCCGUCGUCUCUCACGCCUUUGCCUCUGAUCCUUCACCGAAGUCUUCACCGCCCUCUGCCAACGAGACGCUCUACAUCACCGCCCUGACCAACUACGCGGACCCGCCGUACCUGGCCCGCUUGCAGUGCUGGGCCCUCACCACCCGGUUCACCGUCUAUCCGACGGUCGGGCGCGCUCUGGCCCUCGGCGACGUCGACAAUGCCACGUACGUGGUGCUCCCGCCACGCAGCGGCGAAGGCUGGCACCGGCCGCCCCACGCCAUGUUUUUCGUGCUGUUGAGCGGCGUGGCGCAGGUGUAUGUUCCCCGUCGUGAUGGCGGUGGCCGUGGGUUUGGAGAGUCAUCUCCUCCUUCUCAACGAAAUCAGCAUCAACGACAACAACAGAACUAUCUAGCUACUCAGUCACCGCCACGACCCCACCCCACCGACCCGCGCUGGGACACCAUAACCAUCACGCCGGGCUCGGCGCAGCAGAUCCUCGUCGCCGCGGACACGGACACGCGCGCCAGGGGCCAUUUGACCUUUUACCCGGGCGACGGGGACAGUGUGGCGCUGCAGAUUCCCUUUCGGGACGGGGUCGUGCCGGCGCACACGGUCGUGCAUGAGGGGGCGUGUAAGUGA